CCGUCAUCGCCACCACCACAACCACCACCACCAGUGUUUAGAUUUACGCAGCAGAUACCGCGUCCUCCUCCGCCACCAACACAUCAACCACUGCAUCAAUUCACGCCGAAAUUAUCACAACCACCGCCACCACCGCCGCCAUCACCGCCGCCAUCACCGCCGCCACCACAGCCGCCACCACCGCCGCCACCCGCCACCACCGCCGCCACCACCGCCGCCACCACGGCCGCCACCACCGCCGCAAAUGAAUGGACUUUUGCAGCGAAUAUUACCACUGCCGCCGCCAACACCACCACCAGAACCACCAAGGAUUGAUCUCCAGACUCCGCUGCCACUUUCAUCCUCGCAUUCCAGUGCAGUUGCAAAUGUAGUCACCUCAUAUGUGAAACAGUCACCUACUCUGUUAAGCAGCGGCAGCAUGAAAUCGACCAUGUUGUCAAAGCAAUUGCCUAGAACUGCAAGUCCCGCUCCUAGACCAUUACCCUUAGCGCUCGUCCCUCCGUCCCCCCAUCCAACGCCACAACUUAAGGAGCAAGUACCACCACCGCCACCACCACCGCCCCCACCGCCGCCACCACCGCCUCUGAAUUAUAUACCGCCUCCGCCGUCACCAUCACCCUCGCACUCCAGUGCAAUUGUGCAAAAUGUUGUCACCCGAUCUAUGGAACAGGAACCGACACCGUUACAGCACUCGAAAAUGUUGUCCCAUCAAAUGCCUAGAACUUCAAGUCCCCGUCCCAAACCAUUACCCAAGCUGCCGUGCCCUCGUCCCCCCUCCACCACCGCCUCCACCACCUCUUCCGCCGUCAUUCAAAAAGCAUUACCAAUCGCCGAUCAUUACUUUUAAUUCGAACUCGAAAAAGCAAAGAGAGGAUUCGAAAUACAACGACAGCAAUGAUCGACUAGUAAACCAGCAGUCAAGUAAAGCUGCAAGUUCUUUUAGUAAAAUUGUAUCUCCUGUACCAUUUCACACGACAUCACCAGUUUUAUACAGCAAUAAGAACUCGCUUCACUCUUCCGAUUUGGACACAAACGUCAUUGCGUCCCCUGGAAACAACAUUAAUUCUGUUGAAAGCAUAGACCUGAGCGAACUUGUAUUUCGCCCAGGUAACACGUCUACUCCACAGGGAAGUGCAUCCGAACUGGAAAAUUACGACGUCGUGACAAAGAACAGUCCUUUGGGCGUUAAAAGCAAUCGUUCUAUCGUAUCUUUUGCCUUAAACCAGAGGCGGUUACAGAUCGCAACAAACUCGGACACCAUUUUGAUGUCAAAGCUUGACGAGAAUAAUACAAUCUGGGACGAAAGUAUCUCGCCUAAUAAGCAAUCUAGCAGUUCAAACAAAACAUUAAUUUACGGAGCCGACGUCAAAAGCACACCGAAUACGUCAGUUAGUAACAUUGAACAGCGUUCGAAAGAGCCAAUGGACUAUUUGCAGCAAAAACUUGAAAACGCCAAGAAUUUACGUCUUGACCCUGCUAUUGACGCUCUACUUGCUGAUAUCAGGGCGCGGAGAAAGUCAAGCUCAUCCUUUCAGAACUGAAAAUAAAUGGAUAAAUUCUAAUAACGCUAAACCAAGCAUAUAUUAUUGCCAAGGACAUGAUUAUCAUCGGCGACUGCUAUGCUUUUCCUGAAAAAAUUGAAUAUGACUUAAUGAUGCCUAAUUUCGUCUGAGCGAACUAAUCAGCGUUGAAUGCAGUAGAUUUUGCGUUUAGACAUUACUAAUAUAUGUGAUUAGUGAACGUAUAAAUAUUGUUAUUUAUUUUAAGUGAUUGUGUAAUACAUGUAUACACUUA